AUGUUAAAAAUCCUGAUCCCCACACUCAUGCUCUUCCCAACGAUCUGGCUCAGCCCCGCGAAAUGACUGUGAACUACAUCAAUUGCCCAAAGUCUAAUCAUUGCCCUAGCAAGUUUAUCCUGACUUAAGUGAUCAUCAGAAACCGGAUGAUCUUCCUCAAACCUCUAUCUAGCAACUGAUCCUCUGUCAACACCCCUAUUAGUAUUAACCUGCUGAUUGCUCCCCCUUAUGAUCCUCGCUAGCCAAAAUCACCUGUCCCCUGAACCAUUAAAUCGCCAACGAACCUACAUCUCCCUCCUCGUCUCCCUCCAAACAUUCCUAAUCCUAGCAUUCGGGGCCACAGAAAUCAUUAUAUUUUACAUCAUAUUCGAAGCCACACUACUCCCGACCCUAAUUAUUAUCACCCGCUGAGGAAAUCAAACAGAGCGUCUCAAUGCCGGUACCUACUUCUUAUUUUAUACAUUAGCUGGUUCCCUGCCCCUCCUAGUAGCCCUGCUUCUUAUACAAAAUGAUAACGGAACCCUAUCUAUAUUCACCCUGCAAUAUACACAACCUUUGCACCUUUUAACAUGGGGUGAUAAACUCUGGUGAGCUGCCUGCCUUUUAGCUUUCCUUGUAAAAAUGCCACUCUAUGGCGUUCACCUUUGACUUCCAAAAGCCCACGUAGAGGCCCCAAUCGCCGGAUCUAUAAUCCUAGCAGCUGUCCUCCUCAAACUAGGGGGGUACGGCAUAAUACGUAUGAUAGUUAUACUAGACCCCCUCACCAAAGAACUAGCCUACCCCUUUAUCGUUUUGGCCCUUUGAGGUAUCAUUAUAACUGGGUCCAUCUGCCUUCGUCAAACGGACCUGAAGUCACUAAUCGCCUACUCUUCAGUAGGCCACAUAGGACUGGUUGCAGGGGGCAUUUUGAUUCAAACUCCCUGAGGAUUCACUGGCGCAAUUAUCCUCAUAAUCGCACACGGCCUCGCCUCCUCAGCACUUUUCUGCUUAGCCAAUACUAGCUACGAACGCACUCAUAGCCGAACCAUACUUCUGGCACGAGGAAUGCAAAUAAUUCUUCCCUUAAUGACCACUUGAUGAUUUAUCGCUAGUUUGGCUAAUCUAGCCCUUCCUCCUCUCCCCAACCUUAUGGGAGAACUAAUAAUCAUCACUUCUAUAUUUAACUGGUCAUAUUGAACUCUUAUUCUCACGGGACUAGGCACACUAAUCACAGCAAGCUACUCCCUCUAUCUGUUCUUAAUAACCCAGCGGGGGCCCCUACCUUCCCAUAUUAUUGCUCUUGAACCCGCCCACACCCGAGAACAUCUGCUUAUUAUUUUACACCUCAUCCCGAUUAUCCUCCUAAUUUUAAAGCCUGAACUCAUGUGAGGCUGAUGUUUCU